GGUUAUUGUUCGUUAUUUAAUGUAUGAUACCUCAAUUCUCAAUGAAGUAAAAAAAAACACCGUUUAAGCUAAGAUACGCUUCAGGAUGAAGCAGACGUUUGAUUGGCUGCUGUGGACGUGACGUCAUCACCUUUCCUGCCGCACGAGCUGCUGACAGCCAAUCAAAAUAGGGAAUUGGCGACAUCCCUGCGAUUCAGGAAACCUCUCCGCCAUUCGAACCGUAAGUAGCGGAACGCAGACAACACUUCCGGUUACAUUUUGCCACAAUAAAACACCGUUAGUCGUUUAGAAAACACGAAUUACCAGUUCCGGAUAAGACUAAUCUUUCUUUGGAUUGAACUCUGUUCUGGUGAAAUGUGAAAAAAAUACAAAAAAAAACCCUGUAAUAGUCUUUUGCCGCUGGUGAAGGUUGAUUGGUGAUUUGUUCUUUUUAUUUAUUUAUUUUUAUUAUUUUAUUUUUUAAACUGCUGCCUGUUUAUGUUAGGUUGUGAUGUUAAAAAGAAAAUAUGGGUUUGUAAACAUCUUGAUGUUCUAUUUUUCAUGUUUGACUGUUUCCACUACCCAAAUAAAAAGAAUUAAAAAAAAAGAAAACACGAAUUAACGCUUAAAUGUCGAGAAGAGAAAGGAAGCCACCAAUUAAAUAAUCAGUCGAAGUAGUCGAAUUAUUUUGAUCUCAAUCAGACCAAAUUUUACCCAACUGUCAACGCGCUUGGAGUUUAAAUCAGAGGCAGCCCUCCGCCUCUUAUUGUCUGAGGGACGCCCCGUUUCCGGUGAGUUUGAGUGACGUCUGCCGCUGAGCAGCAGGUUUCUGUCAUCAUAACGGGCUUCUGUUGAUGAGCCUGGGGUUGUGGGUCCAGAUUUUCUUCUUCUGAAGCUUUUCUUCUGGCUUCCCUCGUGCCGGUGAAGCGUUUCUCCCGGAAGUGAAGCGGCUGUUCGCGGGAGAACAUGUCCAUGGCAGGACUGAGGAAACAGCUCCACAAAGCCAGCCAGGUGAGGAGCCGCCUGCCAAUCCACUUGGUCCGGUUCGGAUGCAGAAUGUUCGCAGACCCGAAGCGGAACCGGGACCUGAGAAAGUCCAACGGAGUGGGUUGGUCCCGCAGACGGACUCCGGGUCGUCCGAGCCUCUGGUGAAACGCUUUUCAGUGAGAAGAUCAAUGGAGUGGAGGGAACAAAACAUGACCAGAACUUUUUGGAAAUGGAGAGGAAGAUGGAGGUGACCCACAAAGGUCUGGCUGACCUUCUGUCCAGGACCACAGAGUUCCUGCAGCCAAACCCCGCUUCCAGAGCCAAACUGAACAUGCUGAACACGGUCUCAAAGAUCAGAGGUCAAGUGAAGACCACAGGUUACCCUCAGACAGAAGGCAUGCUGGGAGACUGCAUGGUCCGCCACGGAUACGAGCUGGGCGAGGACUCCGCGUUUGGAGGCGCUCUGGUGGACGUGGGAGAGGCCAUGCGACAGAUGGGGGACUUGAAAGACUCCCUUGACAUAAACGUCAAACAAAAGUUCCUCGACCCGCUGCAGAAUCUGCAGGACAGCGACCUGAAAGAGAUCACGCACCACCUGAAGAAGCUCGAGGGCCGCAGGUUAGAUUUUGACUACAAGAAGAAGCGGCAGGGAAAAAUCCCAGACGAGGAGAUCCGGCAGGCCGGGGAAAAGUUUGAGGAGAGCAAAGAGCUGGCAGAGAGGAGCAUGUUCUACUUCCUGGAGAACGAGGUGGAGCAGCUGAGACAGUUGUCGGGGCUGGUGGAGGCGGCUUUGGACUACCACCGGCAGUCCGCUGAAGUUCUGCAGGUGCUCAGCAGGAAGCUGCAGAAGAGGAUCUCCACGGCCAGCGGCCGGCCCCGGGGAGGGUUCAAGUCCAGACGGAGCAGCGUGGAGUGUCUGGACGGCGGUCAGCGCAGCAGCCUGACCCACUGCUCCUCACUCAAGUCCACCGCAGGUCACAUGACCUCCGCCGCCCUUUCGUGGCCAGAGAGCCCCCCCAGCAGAGGCGACUUUCCGGCAGAGGGGGAGGUCCCGGAUCAGCCGUGCUGCCGCGCCCUGUACGACUUUGACCCCGAGAACGACGGCGAGCUGGGCUUCAGGGAGGGGGACACCAUCAUCCUCGCCAACCAGCUGGAUCAGAACUGGUACGAGGGCAUGAUCAACGGAGACGCCGGCUUCUUCCCCGUCAACUACGUAGAGGUCAUCAUCCCCCUCCCUCAGUGACCUCUGGGGUCAGGGAUCUUUUCUGACAUAGAGGGUGGGGGUCUGUGACCUCUGACAUGCUGGGCCUCUGCCUCUCCCAGCUGGUCUGGGAAGUCCUCUGUGAGGAACAGAGGAGCCAAACCGGAUCCAGAACCAGACUUCAAUCCACCAACGAGGGGGGGCCUGAAACAUGUGUGCUUGGAGUCCUCUGUUUGACCCACAGCUGAGACGUCGGAGGUUCUUCAGAAGGUGGUGAGGUUCUAGACGGGCUGCAGAUGUCCUCUGAAGGGUUCUGGAAAGUCCAAAUACCGAUCCGUGCGGCGUGACAGACAGAAGUGGGGGACGGUCUUCAGACGGGACGGUUGGUGUCUGCAAGGAAAGCAUGAGAGCUUCCUCUGCACUGAGUCACUUUAAUUCUCCAUGAUGUUCACGUUGUCAUAGCAACAGUGGUUGCUCUGCGUGAACUCAGUCUGAACAGGAUCCGAAUGUCUGGAGGGUCCGACCUUGGACCUUCUGGUUCUGUAAAUCCCUCUUCAUGAAAUCUGGGUUUAAAUGUUUGAAGCUUCA